AUGAUCGUCUCGCUGGCCGCCGCAGUCGCCCUGAGCGGCGGCUUGAACUCCUCCUCGAGGCCGGACCCCUUUGACGCCUCGUCCUGGACCGAUGCCACCAACACCUCCUCCUCCCCAGACCCCUCCCCCGCGCUGACCUCCCCCUCCGACACCUCCCCAGACACCUCCUUCUUCCCGCCGCAGGACGUGAGCCCCUGGGACAUCGCCCUGUGCGUCACCGGAACGCUCAUCUCCUGCGAGAACGCUCUGGUCAUCGCCGUCCUCUUCUACACGCCAACUCUGCGCUCGCCGAUGUUCAUCCUUAUCGGUUCGCUGGCGGUGGCCGACCUCCUGGCGGGGCUCGGGCUCAUCGUGAACUUUGUCUUCACCUACUUAGUGGACAGCUCGGUGGAGUUCGUCACUUUGCUGUCGGUGGGUUUGCUGAUUUCCGCUUUCUCCGCGUCCGUCCUGAACAUCCUCGCCAUCACCGUGGACCGCUACCUGUCGCUGUACAACGCGCUGACCUAUCACACGGAGAGGACCCUGACCUUCACCUACGUCAUGGUGGUCCUCAUCUGGGUUUUGUGCGUUGCGCUCGGCCUGCUCCCCGCCUUUGGCUGGAACUGCCUUCAGGACGAGGCGGCGUGCAGCGUCUGCCGUCCCGUCACCAAGAACAACGCCGUGGCCCUCGCCGUGGCCUUCCUCCUGAUCUUUGCUCUGAUGACGCAGCUCUACCUCCAGAUCUGCAAAAUCGCCUUCCGCCACGCACAGCAAAUCGCCGUCCAGCACCAGUUCCUCGCCAUCUCCACCACCAAAGGAGUGUCCACGCUGUCGGCCAUCUUGUGUGCCUUCGGGGCUUGCUGGCUUCCCUUCGCCAUGUACUCCAUCGUGGCGGACUCGUCGUACCCCGCGGUCUACACCUACGUGACGGUUCUCCCCGCGGCCUGCUGCUCCGUCAUCAACCCGGUGAUCUACGCCUUCAGGAACCCGGACAUCCAGAAGUCCCUGUGGAUGGCGUGCUGCGGGUGCGUGCCCAGCUUCUCGCUAAGACGAAGGACUUCCAGCGAGGUGUAG